AUGAUUCCACACAGGAGUACAGCUUUGUUGUCGGUGAUUGUGUUUGUUGCGCUGUUGCUAUUCAUCUUUUCUUCUUCUCCGGUUCCCACUGUUACCGAAGGCGAAGAGGUCUCAGGCCCGGCCAAGUUCGUGCCCAGACCCAAGCUAUCGUCUCUAGCCAAUUUCCACCUGCCAUCCUUCCGCCCUCCCUCCCACGAGCAGCCGGAAGAACAAAAGAACAGUACCCACGGCGAGUCAAAAUGGUACAGCACAUUGGAGUGGCUGAACCCCUUUUCGUCCGCCAUCACCUUGGAUGAGAACCGUUCCGUCCUACCCCCUGUGGCCGACCGUCGACCGAUCUACACCUACUACAAUGCGAAAUACAAUCCCAACAAAGCGAGCGCGAAAGACCUGAAGGAGCUACAGAAUGCCGAUGCAGAGCUGCUGCUCGCAUGGCGCCGCGCCUGGUAUGCGCAGGGCUUCAAGCCCGUCGUGUUGACCCCCGGGGAUGCAAUGCUGAACCCGAACUACGAGGUUGUCCAGAAGCUGAAGCUUUCGCCUAAGACGGAGAACGAGGUGUUUGGAUGGUUGGCGUGGGGACACAUGGGCACUGGCUUGCUGUCCGAUUUCCACUGCUUCCCGAUGGCGCGCUACGACGAUAACAUGCUAUCAUAUCUUCGUCGAGGAAGUGUGCCCGAGUCGAUCACUCGAUUCGACAACCUCAAGAACGCACUCUUUGCCGGCGAGAAGACACGCAUUGACGCUGUCAUCCAGAGCGCAGUUUUGAAGCUCGAUGAUAAGACCACCUCCUUUGUGGACCUGAUGGAGGCCGACUCCUUCAAGGUUGAAUCCCCAAGUGCCCUGGCCUUCUACAAGUCUGCUGCUGUCACUUCCCACUACCCGAUCGUGCAUGAAAAGAUCAGCCAGAGCCCUGCAGCCGGUCAGCGGGCCCUGGUCCAGCUGAUCAAUGGCCAUCUGCACAACCAUUUCCAGACCGCUUUCCCCGCUGGACUGGCUGUUCUGAAGCCAUUCCCUCAGCACACCACAGCUCUGGUGGAGCCGGCACUUCGACUGGCCAAGGCCCUCAUCCAGUGCCCCGAGUCGCCGAUGCCCGACUCCUGCCCGCCCAAUGAGCCCGAAUGUCGUCCCUGCGGCUCUGCCAAAUCGCCCAUGCGGAUCAGUCAACCCUCCUCGUUCAAGAACACCACCUUCCUCUUCACCAUUGGCACUCUUCCCCACCCAUACACCCUCGUUUCUCUCCAAAAGCACUCAGAGGAGAUCACCACGCCUCAGAUCCGCCGGGAGACCGAGCGUGAUGCGUGGCUCUCCGAGGUGACCAAGGAUCACCUUGGUCCUGAACUGGGCUCCUCAUACCGAGGAGUGAUCUUCAAGCAGGUCGUCGCCGCCCCGGAUGCCGUGGGUACCUCUCUGUGGAUGACCGUGGAGUCUCUCCCCGCCGCAGCAGGCCAGAGCCUCCCGAACGAACUCUUGGAUGAGUUUGAGUGGCAGUUCGGAUUCAAGAUUCCCCGUGGGGGCAAGAUCGAUCCGGCGACUGAGAACGACAAGGAUUCUGCGAAGAGCGCCCAGGAUCACACUCCCAGCGACCAAGGCGUUGGGAAAGAAUACGAGCUGAUCCAGAAGGCUCGUGAAGUGAUCAAGAACAAGGAAACCAACCGUAUCAACAUCAAGGAUGUUGUUGAGGCUUGGAACCUUGCCGACACGGAAGUCUGGCGCUUUGUCAAGGCCUACCGUGCCCGCAGUCUCGUUGAACGUCAGAAGUGGGAGGAGGAAGAGAAACCAUUUGCUGGCUCGCGAUCAUAG